AUUCAUAAAAUUAUGACAAAGUAUAAUUGAUUAAAGCUGUAAUAACAAUGAAAAUUCAGUUAUUUUUAACCAGGCCCCCAUCCAUUGAAAAGGUUGAAGUGCUCCCAAAGCCCCCUUUUAUAACUACUGGUUCCAUGACUUUUCCCAGUCUGGCUCGUCUUUGCGCUUUUUUUUUGCCUACUAUACCCAGACACUGACUCACAACUGCUGGACUGGAAAUCAACGCAGGAUCCGGCUGGAGUCCCUUCCUAACGCCUCGAUCUCCUCGAUUGUCUUGAUCUGGGGUAACUAUUUCAUCCUUUGUCUGGACUUAUCUCGAACCCGUUUCGUUCCGUUAUCGGGCCCCCAACACGUCCCGUCGUCAAAGAUGGACAUGGCCACGCCCGAGGGAGCAGGGGAUCUUCUUCUGGGCGUGUUUGGCCAGGAGAUUUUGAGCCAAAUCCCUUCCGACUUGAAGACGGCCCUCGAUCAGAAAUGGACGGUUUUUCAUCAAAAUCUCGAAGAAGAACGCAUCAAGGUCGAAAAGGACAAUGUUCUGAAAGAGACUCAGGUGUUCGAAUUGGAGCGAGAUUUGGAUUUGACCCGCCAGAAAUUGGAAUCAACGCUCCAGUCGCAAGCACUCUUGAACCAGGACAAAGAGGCCUUGACCGACCGAUGCAAGGAAGGACAACAAAAGAUUGAAGACUUGCAAGAGAAAUCUCAGUUGUUAUUGGAAGAGAAUGGAUCCUUGAAACGAGAACGCGAUCAAUUGCAAGGCGAGCGUAAUGAUGUGAUUGGCAUGGCUGAGCGACGAUUGACGGAAAUCGAACGUUUGCAGAAAGAGGUUCAGACUCUAUCCAAUCAGUUGUUGCAAGCCAACAAUGCCAAAUGCGAGGCCAUUGUCAAAGUGGAAGAGAUUGCUUCCAAGGAGAUCGUGCUCGAGUACAAAGAGAAGCGCAUUCAGGAGGAACGAGAGUACAUGAACGCUCAAAUCCAGACUUUGAGUGGUCAACUGAGUCAAACCAACGACGAGAUCAUCCGGGUUCGAAGUGAGCAGAGCCACCGAUUAGCCCAAUUGUCAUCGGAUUUGGCUCAGAAGUCCGAGCAAGUCAACAUGUUGGAGGGUCGAGAAGAGGCCUUGAAAACCGACUUAGAGCACGCCAAUGCUCGAUGCGAAGAACUGGCUGAACGACUAAAAGCGGCGCGAGAAUCUGAAGUUGCCGUGGAGGAGAACUAUCGCCAAGAAGUCAAGGCACAGACCAAGUUGGCCGAAUUGUACAAGAGCCAUUGUGACGAUUCCGAGAAGAAAGCUGCGGAUCUGGGCCAGGUGGUGGAAGAACUUCAGGACUUGGUCAAGCAAACCUCGGACCGGUAUGGCAAGUUGGAGGAUUGUCUCGAGUCCGAACGCCUGGAGAACAAGGAGGAGCUCAAGCGACGGAAUGAGGCCAUUCGGGCCCUUCGCAAAGAAUUGACCGAUGCCAACGAUCUCAUCAAAACACUGAAAACCAAAGGUCUCACUGAGGAAGGAAUCGAAAAGUUGUCGCCCUCGGCUGCGGCUGCAAGUAAGCUUCUGAAAACUGGCAUGAGUCUGACCCAAAUCUAUUCGCAAUUGGUGACUUGUCAAGAAGAACUGAUGCAAGCCAAAGACGAUAACACGCGUUUGAAUUCGUAUUUGGACCAAAUCCUGAAGGAAAUUGAAGAGCGAGCCCCCGUUAUGAAGCAACAGCGAGAGGAUUACGAGCGAGCCGAACAAGAGCGAAACAUGCGCUUAGAGAACAAAAACGAGGCCCUCGAGAAGGAACUGGCCCUUUUGAGGAAGAAAUUGGACGGCGAGGAAGAGAACUAUAGAUCAGCCGUUCAAGCUUGGGAAAAGGCUCAAAGCGACCUUCGACUUAAACUGGACGAAGCCAUGGCCAACGAGAAGGAAGCCGUGGAGAAGGUAACUAAUCUUCAGGCUCAAUUCGACGAAUCCCGACUACAACUCACAGAAACCCAAGAGAAGUUAGAGCUGGCUGAAUCCUCUUUGGCUGGACGAGGUGUCAAGGCAAUGUCACGGCAAGAGAAUCAGCCUGAAGUUUCGGCCAAGGUGAGGGAUCUUCAACUCCAAUUGACCCAGAGCAAGAACGAGGUGAAUAACCUCAAGAUCCAACUGAAUAGCAGCAAGGAGGCGUGUGCCAAUUUCAAGAACCUGGCCGAGUCUGCAGAGAAACGAUUGAGUGAAAAUAACGUUGCCGAAAAAGCCUUGAAGACCGACUUGGAGAAUCGAUUGCAACAAACCUUGGAGAUCAAGAACUCGCUAGAAGCCAAGCUAGUGGAACUAGAACAAGCCAAGAUCGGCACUGGGGAAGAAAUCAACCUGAAAGAAACACUUCUUGUUACCCAGAACAAGCUGCAGGAAGUGUCGGCUCAGUUGGUCGAAGCUCAGAGAAUCGAAGUCGAAUGCCGUGCUGAAGUGGAACGGCAAAAUAUCUUGAUUGAAGAGGCUCAGCAAAACUAUGAGAGAGAAUUGGUGCUCCAUUCCAAGGAUGUGGAAACAAUGAACGGACUCAAAUCCAUUGUGAACUCGCAUCGAAAUGCCGUGGCCGAAAAAGAAGAAGCUCUCCGGAAUGCCCUCGAGUCUUUGGCCGAAGUAAAGGCCAAUGCUUCCCAAGUGGACGAGUCUCUGAAGACCGAAUAUGCCCAACUGAAUGAACAAUUCAAGGUUGUCGAAGAGGAGAACAAGUCUCUUCACACUCAAUUGGCCACUAUCACAGAACAAAUGACCUCCAUUCAACGACACGUCGAAGGCAAUCCGGAUGCGAGCAAGUCAUUCUCGGAAGAGGAAACGAAAUCCACCGAACAACUAAUGCAAAUCAUCAAAUACCUACGAAGGGAGAAGGAAAUCCUCAACAGCAAGAUCGAGGUCGCCCAGGCUGAAUGUGCCAGAGUCAAAUCCCAAUCUGAGCACUUCCAGAAGCAGUUGAACGAGUCCCAAGCAGUAUUAGCCAGAGAACGCGAGCAAACAUCAACAUCAGCCAUGUCGUCCUCGAAAUAUGCGGAUCUCUUGCAAAAGGUGCAGACGAAUUCCGCCUUGAGUGAUUCAAACAAGAUCUUGAGAGAAGAAAACGACACCCUCCAUGGUCAACUAAAGAGUGCCCAAGCUGACGUCGAGAUCUGGAAACAAGAGGUCAAUCCAAUCAAGGAUCGAAUCAAAGUUUUGGAGGAGAAGGAAGGCACUCUGAGCUCAGAACUGAUUGCGGCCAAACGCGAAAUUGAGAAGUGGAAGCAACGAUCCAAUCAACUGAUCGAAAAGCAACAGAUGAUGAAUCCCGAAACUGUCAAAGCCAUGCAAAAUGACAUAUCAAGUCUUACUCAGCAAUUGGAAAAGGCUCGCAUGAUGGCUACCAAACACAAAGGUGAUGCCGAUCGUCUCUCAGUUGAGCUCAACCGAGUCAAAGCUCAAUUAUCAAAGAUCAUUCAAGACAUCAAGGGUAAAGUGGCAGAGAUUGGGCGGUUGAAUCAAGAGCAAAAGAAACUGACGGAUAAUUGCUCACAAUUAGAGUCCAAAUUGUCGGCCAUGGACCGUGAGAAGAACUCUGUGGUGAGCGAAAGAGAUGCCCUUAAACAAGAGCUUCUCAGGGAGAAGAAUCGGAAUGCCAAUCUCCAGAAAUCCGAUGGCCUAGAAUCAGAAAAGGUCAAGAAAGAGUUGGCUGCCUUGAAAGAGCAGGACACUAAGCGAACCGCUGAACUCGAAGGCUACAAAAAGAAGCUGCUUGAAAACAAGACUCAAAUCACCCGUUUGAAGCAAGUAGGUCGGGAUUUUAAGGAAAAAUCGGACAAAUUCCAACAAGAACUUGUCGUCCUGAAGGAAGAGAAAGUCAAAUUGGUCGCUGAUCUUGCUAGUGGCAAAACCACUACUACUGCAGCAUCUGGAUCUGCUCCACAAGUUGGCGACGACGAACUAAGAGCUAAAGUAGCUGAGCUUGAAAAGAAGAACGAGGAAGGCGAAACCUUGAUUGCCGAGACCAUGAAAGAGUUGGAGAGUAAGGAUGCAGAGAUCAAAGAGUUAAACGACAAAUUGGUUACCUUAGACCGCGAUAUGAAGGUCGCCAAAUUCAAAGAAAAGCGAGCUUUGGAUGUUCUCAAGAAUUGUAAAGUUGAGGUGACCCGAAUCAAGACGGAAAAUAAGGAUCUCAAGACCGAAAACACCGUCAUGCGAACUAAGAACAGUCUCCCACCCCGACAACCUGGCCCAAGUAAGACCGAAUUUGAUGUUCAAAAAGAAGAGUUUGAGAACAAACUAAAGGCUUUGGGCGAACAGAAGGACAAAUUAGAGGCCGAAUAUAAGGUCGAGCGAGAAAAGCUUCAACAACAAAUCGAAGCUCUUCAACAAGAACUCCAAUCCAAUCAGAAACAACUUGAUGAGGCUCUAAACUCACAAGAGCAGCAGCAGCAACAACAGCAACAACAACAGCAUCAACAACAACAACAUCAGCAGCAGCAACAGCAACACCCUCCACCUCCCCAACAACAAGGGACAAGCUCUGAAAGCAAACCCUCGAGUGAGGCUGUGACAGCCAGUGUCAAACCCAUGGCUGGGUCCUCGGGGACCCAAAGGAAACAGACGUCUUAUCCUCAAGCCCAGGUCCAUCCAACCCGCCAUGUUCCUGCAGCCACCAUUCGUCCGACGGCCAUGAGAACCCCACAACAAGCUUCCGUUCAACCCAUGGUCUCGGUAAGCCCGAACUCUGCAUCUCAGUCCACCUCAACCACCACUACUCAUGCAGGGGCUACUGCGGCUACCCCAAAUCUGAACCCGAAUGCGAGCGAGUUCAUCCCUAGGAUCGCCUCCGUGCCCAGUGGAUCUGUAGAAACGGUCGAGUCAUCGGAUGAGAGCACGCCCCGCGCCCGCGUUCUUCCCAGGUCUCAAGAUUCCGAUUCCGACUCUGGACCGAGCAGUUCUGCUGGUCCAGGAUCUACCACUCAACCCGGAGGUGCAAGUGGAGGUACAGCAGGAGUUCCUCCCGGUAAUCAGAAGCGCCCACGUGAUGAUCCCCCGGAUUCGGAUUCUAACACAAUAAAACGGCUCCGAACAGUCGCCACCGAGGCCGAAGGCGUCCAGCAAAGCUCCGUUCCCCCUCCAUCUUCAACCACCCAAGAAGAAGAUGAUGGCGAGGAAGUGGAGAUUGUUUCGCUCGAAGGAGCCGAACCAGAAGCCAUGGAAGAUGAGAGCGAUGAGGAUAAUGAAGAAGAGGAGUUGGAUGAAGACCCCGGUGAUGUCGAAGAGGACGAAGGCAGGGCACCCAUGGAAGAAGUUGAUGACCCAAACGAGCGAGAUGAUGGUGAAAUUGACGACGAGGACGACGAGGAAGAAGAGGAAGAUGAAGUGGAAGACGAGGAAGAGGACGAACCCAUGCAACAAAGUGAGAAAGAUGACGAUGUGGUUCAGGUGGAGGACACGGACGAUGAAGAUUCCAAUCAGUAUCAAGUACCCGAACAGUCGGAUGAGGGUGUGGUUGCUGCGGUCGUGUCGGGUGCCGCAGGUGAAAGUGAACCCUCCAGCUCUUCGACCAGACAAGGUCAUGAGGGUGGAAAUGGUGAGGGCCGAAGCCACGUGUCAAGUGUUACUUUGGAAGAUCAAGGCGAUAGCGUGGUCCCCGGGACACCAAAACUAUCUCAGCCGCAGAGUGACAUUUUUGGAGGUGUUACUUCGGAGCAAUCUGCCCAAGCCAGCUCGAGCGAAGGUGGAACCUUUGGUUUUGGAUCUAUUCCUGACGUCGCUGUAAGCAGCUCGAGUGGAGGAACUACCACAGCUACUUUGGCCGCUCAGGAUGGAGUGGAUCGAACAGCCGUGGAUAUUGCUCAAUUCGUCCAGGCCACCGAGGGAUCCUCCUCGAUGAGCCAGCCCCGGGCUUCCACGUCCCAAACAAAAGGUUCCUUGAGCUCUCAGCUUUCCAAUACAGCUGUGGACAUUCCGGCCAGAUUUGGAUCUCAAGAGGACAUCGUUAUUCUGGACGAUGACUCCAAUCAAUCGAGUGGCAGUGUUUCCACAUCAGCCCAGAGACUGGCCGAAGGACAAGACGGUUCACUUCAGGCUCAAAAGCCAUCCGCUUCAGAAAUGGCGUCUACUGAGCAAGUACAAUCUUCCGAAGGAGAUCUUGAUCAAGGAUCGAGCUCCCUGGCUGGUCCAAGCCAGAGCCAAGGAACUGUGUCUUCAUCCAAUCGUCCGGACGUCUCAGCAGUUCCUUCGACCAGUGCAGGCUCGAACACGGGAAGUGCCGACAAAAAGAGGCUCAAUCGCAAUCGUAUUGUAUUCGAUUUGAACGAGGAUAACAGUAGCAGUUCGAAUCAAGCGCCCGCAGGUCGUGGGGGAGGAGCUGGACCUGGGACUAGUUCUUUCCGUGGCAUGCGUGGAAGCUCCUUAAUGCGAGGCAACCCUGCGCCAAGGGGAGGCAUUCCGGGAGGCCCAAGAGGCGGAGGCCAAAAGGCUCGUCGUGCCAAACCUCAAUUCACUCGAGGAAAAUGAACCGCCAGCGAUGACUAGGAACCAUGUACAGAAGUGAAUGACCAUAAAACGCUCAGGCACAAACAAUAAAAAAUAUCUCUUCUAGAAA